GUCUUUAUUCCCCAAGCAACUUUGUCCGGGCUGUCCCUCGCACUCACACUUCCCAACCCACACCCUCCCAGUUCCCACACUGUUCUUCUCUCUCUCUCUCUGGUUCCCUUCCUUCUUACUUCUCGAGAGAGAGAGAGAGAGAGAGAGAGAGGGAGGGAGGAGAGGAUGGGAGAAGGGAAGGGUUCUACGGUGGUCCACAUCCUCGUGAUCGCCCUCAGUCUCACCGCCUUUGGCUUCGCCAUCGCCGCCGAACGCCGCAGGAGCACUGGCACCAUUAUUACCGAUAAUGUAAAUGCCACAUACUGUGUUUAUGAUUCGGAUGUCGCAACUGGGUAUGGAGUUGGUGCUUUCUUGUUUCUUUUCUCAAGUCAAACUCUACUCAUGGGUGUCACAAAGUGUAUGUGCUUUGGCAAACCUUUAGCUCCUGGUGGAAGUCGAGCCUGGUCAAUCAUAUAUUUUUCUUCUUCAUGGCUAACUUUCUUAAUUGCUGAGGCAUGCCUAUUAGCUGGUGCGACAAAGAAUGCAUACCACACAAAGUACAGGCAUGUGAUCUAUGCUUCAAACUGGACUUGUGAGUCUCUGAGGAAAGGAGUAUUCAUUGCCGGAGCAGUCUUUGUGGUCUUCAACAUGAUACUCAACGUGUACUACUACAUGUACUUUACCAAAGCUACAAGUCAGGCUGCUAGGAAAACCAACAGAGCAAGCUCGACUGUUGGAAUGGCUGGUUAUACCUGAUCGCAACCAAAUCAAACUGCACAGCUUUUGCUGUUUAUACAAAUGCUACAUCUUUAUCACUCGUAUCAUGUAAUAUUUGAGUCGUUAUCUUCGUUUGAAAAGGCUGAGUUUGAUUCUAGUAAUUGCAGACUUGUGUUUAUUUGUCUUCCCACGAGGGUCUGUUAGCUCGUCAUGAUUUGCUACAAGAUGCAAAAUUGAGAUGAGUUUGGGACUGAAUGGAGAUACCAUCAAGAAAAGAGGUAUAUGCUGAAUUUGAACAUUGUCUUAAGCCUAAACUCUUGUCACCAAUGCCAUCUAGAGUGGGAAGGCCAUUGUUAUUAUUUGAUGGAUCUAUUGCUGUUGGUUUCAUCAGGUCAAUGUAUUUAUUAUUGAGUGGUAC